AUGGCUGAAAGCAAACCAGCAGCAAUCCGAUCUUACGAUAUAGAAACGCGCGGAGUGGAAGCUGGAGAGUACCACCCUUCCAAAGACCCUCUGACGGAAUUUGGAGAUAUGGUGACUGAAUUGGGAAUAUCAGGAGGUAGAUAUGAUAGGAUAGUAACUUCCAAAUCUGGUAGGAGUUAUGAGACAUCGCAUCUGAUUAAAGAAAGUAGGUAUGUAUAUAGAUCGAAAGGGAAUGGAAUCUGUUGGAUAGAGAGCAAAGGUGAUAAGUAUCAUACUUAUUAUCACUCUACGAGCUGUACGAGUGGAGAGUGUUUGGGGUGGAAAUCAGGAGAAAUCAAGAGGCUGGAAAGUGAGAAUAUACCUCAUGAUCCAUAUUGGAAUCUAACAUGCGCCGAGGAGCCAAAAGACGAAGGAACAGGAACAAGAAGGUUGAUAUGUAAUCCCUCUUCCAAGAGGUUGAGUCAAUCAGAACCGGAAGAUUCGAAAUUGGAUGAAUGGUUUAGGUCCAAAAUAACUGGUGGAGAUGCGGAGGUGUCCAAGGGAUGGGUAGGGUUUCACAUUGUCAGACCUUGGUCUAGUACAGUCGAACCAUACUCUACUUACUGGACGGAAUAUAAACUGCCAAAAGAGAAAGUUGGUUCGUUCGCUGGCUGA